UUGAACUAAAAGUCGCGUUUUGGCCACGGCGGAGUCUGGAAAUAUGCUGUAGCUGUCGCCUGCUGAGCUUCAGAGGAUGGAACUGGACGAAAAACCGAAAUAUGGCGAGCCCAGAAGGUAUGAUGCCUCCUUCAAAGGUCCACUCCACAACAGGAGCUGCACAGACAUCGCCUGCUGCAUCCUGUUUGUCGUCGCCAUAGUGGCAUAUAUAGGUGUUGGAAUACUCGCCUGGUCCCAUGGUGACCCGAGAAAGGCGAUCUACCCCACAGACAGUCGGGGUCAGUUCUGCGGGCAGGCUGGCACUCCACUUGCGAACAAAAGUAAAUUAUUCUACUUCAACAUCAUGAAAUGUGCCAGCCCCAUGGUGCUGCUGGAGUUCCAGUGUCCGACCACACAGAUGUGUGUGGAAAAGUGCCCAGAAAAGUUCAUGACGUUAAUAAAGGCAAACGCCAACACAAAGGACUUUGAAUACUACAAACAAUUCUGCAAGGAGGGAGUGACGCAGUCAAUGGGUGCACCAAAAAUCCUUCAGCUUGGUCUCUGUCCUGCUAUGCUGCUACCCAGCAAGUCCUUCACCCGAAGGUGCUUUCCAGCUUUAGGCUUGAAGGACGGCAAAGUCACCGUUGGAAACAACACUCAGUUUGACGAUGGCUCUGGAACCAUGAAAGAUGCCAAGGACCUCAUAGACGGAGUAAAGAAUGCCACUGUGGUUAUCGAGGCUCGUCAGACGGUCAUGAAAAUCUUUGAGGAUUACACCCACUCCUGGCCCUGGAUCAUCCUAGGGUUGGUUAUUGCCAUGUUCGUCAGCUUGCUCUUCAUCUUCCUCAUGCGUUUCCUGGCUGGCAUCAUGAUCUGGAUCAUCAUCAUAUUGGUGAUAGCAGUGAUAGGAUACGGCAUCUUCCACUGCUACAUGGAGUAUGCUGCCCUGAAGGGACAAGCAGGUGCUAAUGUGACGCUACAGGAGCUGGGCUUCCAGUCGGACUUCACGGUCUACCUGCAGAUCAGACAGACAUGGCUGUCCUUCAUGAUUAUCCUGGCCAUCGUAGAGGUCAUCAUCAUCCUGCUGCUCAUCUUCCUCAGGAAGAGGAUCCUCAUUGCUAUUGCGCUCAUCAAAGAGGCCAGCAAAGCCAUUCGGUAUGUGAUGUUUUCCCUUUUUUACCCACUGGUCACGUUCUUGUUCCUGGCAAUCGUCAUCGCCUACUGGGCUGUAACUGCUGUCUUCUUGUCGACGUCCAACGAGGCCAUCUACAAAGUUUUCAACUCGUCUGCCUGUGAGCACUCCAGGGAAACUUGUGAUCCAGCUAACUACUCGAUAAGCACAGUGAAAGCACAGUGUCCUGACUCGGAGUGCCUUUUUGCCUUCUACGGUGGAGAAACGGUUUACCACAAAUACCUGAUCGGCCUGCAGUUCUACAACGUCUUCCUCUUCUUCUGGUGUGCCAACUUCGUCAUCGGUCUGGGUCAGAUGACUUUAGCCGGGGCCUUUGCCUCGUAUUACUGGGCCUCUUCCAAGCCAAAGGAUAUACCUAAAUUCCCCUUAUUUUCUUCCAUGGGCAGAGCGCUCAGGUAUCACACGGGAAGUCUGGCGUUUGGUGCUCUGAUCCUCUCAAUCGUUCAGAUCAUCAGAGUUCUUCUGGAGUAUUUGGACCACAAACUGAAAGGAGCCCAAAACAAGUUUGCAAAGUUCAUGUUGUGCUGUCUGAAGUGCUGCUUCUGGUGUCUGGAGAAGUUCGUCAAGUUCCUGAACAGAAACGCCUACAUCAUGGUGGCGAUUUAUGGCAAAAACUUUUGCACUUCUGCCAAAGACGCCUUCUUCCUCCUCUUGAGAAACAUUCUCAGGGUUGCUGUGGUGGACAAAGUGACGGACUUUCUCUUGUUUUUGGGGAAACUUCUCGUCGUCGGGCUCGUCGGGGUCUUCGCCUUCUUUUUCUUCUCUGGGAGGGUAAAGGCCUUCCAGGAUACAGCUCCUAAUCUCCACUACUACUGGGUGCCCAUCCUGACUGUAGUGAUCGGCUCGUACCUCAUCGCUAACGGAUUCUUCAGCGUCUACUCGAUGUGUGUGGACACACUGUUCCUCUGUUUCUUGGAGGAUCUUGAGAGGAACGACGGCAGUGAAGAGAAGCCCUACCUGAUGUCUGAGGACCUCCGCAAAAUCCUGAAUAAGAAGAACAAGACGAGCCCAGCUCAGUAGAGCACUUUACUGUCUGUGAGGUGACGCUGUGGCCUGCAGGGGACGAUCAGAUCCACGUCCUGCCAGGAUCCUG